AUGGAUCAUGACUCAGGCGAAGGGAAGCUGGAGAGUGCGCCAAAGUUCGACGGGAGCGACUAUUGGACUUGGAGCUUCCGAUUCGAGCAAUGGGCAGAGGCACACGAUCUAUGGGGGUACUUUGAUGGUUCGGAGGAGCGGCCUGCAUCGGGUGACGCACGGCUAAAGUGGGAGAGGAGAAAUCAAAAGGCAUUUGCCCAAUUCUGCAAUGCCUUGGUGCCAGAUGAGUUGAUUCGCUUGGUACGGGAGUUCGGCGGCAAGACCGAGUUUGGAAACGCACCUGUUGAUGGCGGAGCAAGAGCGGUCACCCGAGUUCCUGCAGGCACAGCAGCGGCAUACACACGAGUGAAGGAAUUCUACCUUCAGCGUGGAUUGUGUAACCGGAUGGCACUCUCAGAGGAACUCUCUUCCUUGAAGAUGAAAGAAGGGGAGGGAGUGGCUGCAUACUGGGCGCGUGCCGAGGAAUUGAGGUCCAAGUACUUGGCUGCAGGAGGGAAGGAGGAGGUUGAGGAGUGGAUGAUGAGGGUACUCAAAGGACUACCUCCUCACUUUGAGAUGCUGAAGGUAGUGCUGAACAACCAAUCACCAUCGCUUACUAAGGAUCGGCUGCUUACCUCCUUGAGGAGCGAGGAGAUGCGGAUUGGUGUCGCACCAAUAUCGGAUGGUGUAGCCACUUUUGGAGCGGGUACGAAAGUGGGCAGCAGCGGCAGGGGAAAUGGGGACAAGGGCGGAAAGCAUGGAGGCAGCGGUAGCAGCAGUGACACCAACUCGGGUAGAUGGGGUCAAGGAAAAGGCAAAGCGGGAGUGCUUGAUUUCCCCUGGGGGUCCAAGGGCAUGGCUCCUCGGGGGUUGUGUCAUGGCUGUUGGGAUGAGGGACAUGCAUGGCAGCGAUGUCCUCAUCGACCUAAGGGAGGCAUUCCGGCAUUCUUAAAGCGGGGGGGUCGUGGAUCCAACGGCAAGGCACAGGUGGCGGAUGAGGAGGAGCAGGAUGACAAGGCAGAGGCAGUGGUUGGAGAGGCAGUUGCAGCAGUGGGAGAGGAGCAGCCGCGAGAGGGGUGGUGGAUUGACAGUGGGGCCAGCCACAACUUUACUCCUUAUGCAUCGGACUUCAAAAGUAAGCUUCAGCCACCAGAGGUUCGGGGAGUUAGAUUGGGAGAUGGACGGGUGGUGAAAGCUGUUGGCAUGGGUGAGGUGCCAGUGGUUGGUGCUGGAGGUCAGCUGCUGAGGAUUCAAAAGGGUCACCUUGUGCCUGAGAUGCACACGCGUCUGCUAUCAGUCCCACACCUCAUCUCUCGAGAUGUCAUUGUCACAUUCAAGGGCAAGAAAUGUGUUCUUAAACGGGGGGAGAGGGUGUUGGCGAUUGGAGAAAAGGAGAGGGGCAGGGACCAUGGAUUGUCGGCUCGGAAGCCGUUUCCCCACGAGGCGUCUCGGGCACUUGGGCCUUUGGAUGAGGUCCACAUAGAUUUGUGGGGGACAGUGCGCACACCGUCACUGGGAGGAGCGGUGUAUGUCCUCAGUCUCAUUGACGACUUCACCAGACGAGUUUGGUCGUUCCCACUCCCCAACAAGGAAUUGGCCAUAGUCGCAAAAGUUCUUCGCCAGUGGCAUAAGGACGUGGAGUUGGAGUGUGGGCGGAAGCUGAAGGCUGUUCGCUCCGACAGGGGUGGCGAGUUCUUGGGGGACGCUGUGAAAGCAUGGAAAGCGGAGUUUGGCAUCAAAACCCAAUUGAGUGUCGCAGAUACACCGCAACAGAAUGGGGUCGUGGAGAGGUGGCACAGGACAAUGGCAGAGGGGAUUCGCACAUUGUUGGUCGACAGUGGUCUCCCUGCUCGCUUGUGGGGUGAAGCAUUGAUGUGGGUCGUGUGGGUUAAGAAUAGGGUCACCCACAGUGCUUUGCCUGCCUCCAUCACACCAAUGGAGGCGUGGUCCGGCCAGAAGCCGCAUGUGGGCAUGGCUCGGAUUUGGGGUUGCAUGGGGAGUGUCAUGCUGCAUGGGCAUGAGAAGGGUGGCAAGCUUGAUGCAAGGGCUGUCAUGUGUGUCUGUGUUGGAGUGGACAUGGAGAGCAAGGGUUGGCGCAUGCUGGACCCUUCUCUCAUGCGCAUUCGCAUUGCUCGUGAUGUUGAUUUUCUUGAGAAUGUGAUGUGGAAGGAUUGGGACAAGGCAAAGGGAUUUGGGGAGCUUCUGCAGGAUGCAGCUGCGAUUUCCCAACUCCUCCCUCUUCCACUCUCGCCACCCUCAGCACCGGCUGACGACGUUGAGAUGCCACCUUCAUCACUGCCACCGGCACCGCUGAGUGUGUCGGUGCAGCAGCAGCCCACCCCUCUGCAGCAGCUCAGUGGCCCCUCGGUCAUUCAGCGGAGAUCCGCUACACAGGCUACUUCCUCUUCCUCCUCCUCUGGUCAGCGCUCUGUCCCUCUCUCUACGGGUGCCCCUCCGUCACCAGCGACUACCUCCCCACCACCGGUUACGGGUUUGCAGGUGCUUGGUACCCAGUCUGGUACAGGUGGUGAGGAGGUAGGGGGGGAUGCUGGUGUGGUUGAGGGCAUGCUGUGUUUGGCCAGGGAGGUGGAAGGUGUUGCACUGGCAGGUUUGAGCACCGGUGAUGUCCCACGCACACUCGCUGAGGCCUUGCGUGGCCCUGAGGGCCCUGCAUGGAAGGCAGGCGCUGAGAAGGAGGUAAAUGCAAUGCGCACUAUGGGUGUAUAG